UGGAGAAUCAUCAGUCCUGGGCCAAGGGCCUGUAGGUGAGCUGCGAGUACCGGUGCCACCUCCCGCAUGUGACUCAGGGAGUGCGGGAGAGCACGGCGGCCGCUUCCCUGCGGCGAGUGACACGGACCCCGGCGGGGCCGGCGCGGAUUUCCAGCGAGGAGAGCCCCUGAGGGCAGCAGGGCAGUGAGGGGCCGGGCUGAGUGCUGAGCAGCCCCCAUGCCGCUGUGCCUGAAGGCUGCCGUCAGCAUGAGGGACUAUUGCCCCACGGUGCCCCGGUACAGCCGGUACACACCUCGGUACAGCCGGUACACACCGCGCCUCAGGGCCUCGCGCACCGUGCACUUCCCCAACGACGUCGUCUUUCAGGACCACAUCAAGCAGGGGGACCUGGAGCAGGUGGGCAGGUUCAUACGGGCCAGGAAAGUGACACUGGACACCAUCUACCCUUCUGGCAUGGCAGCCCUGCACGAAGCCGUGCUGACGGGAAACCUGGACUGCGUCAAGCUCCUGGUGAAAUACGGCGCUGACAUCCACCAGAGAGACGAGAACGGCUGGACGCCGCUGCACAUGGCCUGCAGCGACGGCUACGCCGACAUCGCCAGCUCCGCGUCCUGCAGGUACCUGCUGUCCCUUGGGGCCAGCCUGGAGGCCACCACCGACGACGGGGAGAAACCCUCGGACCUCAUCGACCCCGAGUACGAGGACCUGGUGCAGCUCCUGGGAGGCACGGCGCUGCGCUGAGCCGGACGCGGCCCGGGGGGCUGCGCCUGCCCGAGGGCCAGGGCUGCGCCCGGGCUGGGCCCGGGCGGCGAGCGGGCACCAGCGCUCGGUACUGCGAUCGGGAACCACUUUGUACUUUUGCAAUAAAGCAUAUCGGUUACCA